UCCUGGAAGGAAGAGGAUACUAAGAGAACACUAAACUCUUCGGUCUCUCUUUAUCAGUUAUCAGUUUAUCUGAAAGUCACUUGAUGUCACUUGAUUCCACACCCAGCUUAGAUAAUAACUUGUGGGAACUUGCCCCGCGUUUCAGUGGUGUGUUGUCACCAACUGCUUCUUCAAUUGAUAUAUCGUGACAGGAAACCUAUCCUUGCGAAUCAAUACUCAUUCUACUCAGUGGGAUUCUAGUCGGGUUGGGACUGUUAAUCACAAAGCUAUCACCCUGAGCUAGGAAUACGACACAAUGGCUACUUCGAUAGGACGUCUUCAGGGCAAGAAUGCUAUAAUUACUGGUGCUGCAGGAGGGAUCGGUCUCGAGACUAGCAUCCUUUUCGCCCGCGAAGGUGCUAAUGUCCUCAUGGCCGAUAUCUCUGCCCCUGCCCUCGAGAAAGCCCUCGCUAAAGUGAAUGCGGUUGUUCCCAAUGCCCCACGAGUGGAAACCUUCAAGUGCGAUGUUUCCAAGGAGUCCGAGGUACAAGCGAUGGUGGAAUCUCAAGACAGCUGGGGCGGAACCGACGUGAUCUUCAAUAACGCGGGUAUUAUGCACGCUGAUGAUGCCGACGCCGUGGACACGCCAGAGAAGAUUUGGGAUUUGACACAGAACAUCAAUGUGAAGGGAGUGUGGUUUGGCUGCAAGCACGCCGUGCUCAGUCUCCGUCGUCAUAAGAAGACUAAGGGUAGCAUUAUCAACACUGCCAGUGUAGUUGCCUUAGUGGGUAGCGCCACUCCUCAGCUGGCUUACACUGCUAGCAAGGGUGCGGUGCUGGCCUUGACCCGUGAACUAGCCAUUGUGCAUGCUCGGGAGGGUUUCCGCUUCAAUGCACUGUGCCCCGCCCCGCUAAACACCCCGCUCCUGCAAGACUGGCUGGGCGAUGACAAGCCUAAGCGGUUCCGUCGUGAGGUGCACUUCCCGACCGGACGGUUCGGCGAGGCUAUCGAACAAGCGCAUGCAGUUGUUUUCCUUGCCAGCGACGAAAGCAGCUUCGUCAACGGUCACGAUUUUGUUGUUGACGGUGGAAUGUCCAAGGCAUAUGUCACCCCCGAGGGGCCGGCCACCCCUGCCCCCAAGAACUUGGGUCACUAAAUCCGCAUGCUUAUGGUUAUGUCACGAUUGUCAAUGAAGUUCUUUAAUUUUUAAGGGCAGAUGCAAUACAAGAUCUAUUUAACACCUUCGGCCAGCCCAUAAUGUAGCAGUUAUCGUCCAUUCCAGACCUCCUGAUGUCGAAUUACUCUGCCGCUGGCCGGCUCGGUCAUACCAAGCACACCAGAACAGUGCGAAACCCUAAAGAUAUGUGGCAGGUUGUGC